AUGCCCGAAAUUAGCCUGGAGGUGAGCCUGGGCGUACCGGGCGAAUUUCCAGAGGCUGCCCAAGAUCCCCAAAAUCUCUCCGAGGUCUGUGAAACAGUUUCGGACCACACAGCUUCUACAGAAGAAUCUGCGGACCGACUCAUCGAGGGCUGCGUCAUGCUGAUGUCGGAGAUGCAGCCCACACACCCAGAUAUUCUCCGCGGGAUCAGAGUGUCGCGAGUGCUGCACAGCUCCGUCUGUGCGUGGAUGCGUGGAAAUCUCGAACAGAUCCAGGAACUCAGCCAGGUGACUACCCAGCUGGACGAGUUUUGGUCCCACAGUUGGCAAGCGAGGCUUUGGCUGAAGUAUGUCAGCAUCCUCUACCGAAGCAACGGCACGCCGGCGUUCAUACUGGGCUCACUCAGCUCCCUGGUGGCCUUUUCCUUGAAGGUAGCUGGCGCAAUUGGCUGGGUCGGUGCAUGCACGCUGGCUGGGGCUGCGGGCUACUACUUGACUCUAGUGAUGUGGCGGCCGAGGACGCAGGUCUUCCUGGAUGUUGCAUGUGUGGAGCAGGUUGACCCGAAUCUAAAAACACAGGGUCUGAUGAGCAUGGGCGCAUUUUUGAAAGCGUCCAAGUCCCUGGUGAUUUUUUGGGACACGAGCUUUGUUUCGAGAUUGUGGUGUCUAUUCGAGAUGGCAGGCUUCAUGCACGCCCAAAAACUUGGUGCAAGCAGAUACCUGGAGGUGUGCCCGGUUUUCGUAGGCCCAGCGCUCCUGUGCGGCAACGCGGGUCUUUGCAUGAUGUUCUUCAUUGUCAUCAUCGCUGAAAUGGACUUUGCGUCCCUAAAUACGGAUAUUGGAUUGGUCCUCGGCGUCGUAGGCCUAAUGCUUCUGUGUUUGACAUCUCUGGCGUAUGUAGUUCUGUCGCACUGCCGCAGCAUCGACGUCAUGCAGUCUCAAGUUCGCCACUUCACCAUCGAGCAUUCCUCUAGCCAGUGUUGUGCAGAUGAACAUCUUACCAGCACGGGUGAACGCAUUAUCUGCGACCGUGAGAUCAUUCUGCGGUGCAUCUCCACCUGGUUUGGGUCCCCAGAGCAGUUUGAGGAGAUGGUGCGCACGAAGCUUCUGAAGCAACUUGUCCACCAGCUUGCCAACCGCACCUUUUCGUACUGGCGAAUUGUGCAGGCAGCGUCCCCUGUAAUGUGGAUCUACCUAGACUGGAUCUUUCCGCCUGACUACCUGCUUGUUGGCUUGCUCCGGAUGUGCAUGUAUUGGCUGACGCUCGUUCCCACACUGGUGCUGGUGUCCCUCCGGCUGGCCUACAGCGUCCGCAACCUCUGCCACAGCGUAUUCGCACGGAUACUGAUCAGCAUGCUCCUUGUGGCAAAUGUCGCUUUCAUGGUUGCGGCAUUCUUUGCCUUGGAGGUGUAUGUUGCUACAGCCAUUAGUCCUGCAGAUUCGGAGAGGCUGACGCCAGUUGCAACCUCCAUCGUUUUUGUUGCAAUGGGUGUCGUUACAACAUUGUUGUGGUGCUGUUUGCCUCCUAUUCAGGCGCCCACGUCGCCCCUGGAAGCAGAUUAG